GUGUCUAGAAAGUUCUGACAGUUGGGGGAAAGGGUAUAAAGGUCAGUGUGUCAGUGGGCAGUUGAUCAGACAGCUGAGGAGUUUGUGGAAAGUACAUCCCGAAGGAGAGUUGGCAGGUUGGAGGGUCAUUGAAAGAGGAGCUGACAGAAACAGCAGCAGCAGCAGCAGCAGAGGGAGUCCUACCACUGAAGCAAACAAAGUCAGCAGACAGAAUAAGCCUGUCAGUGAUAGUACAGCAUAGUAUAGUAUAAUGUAAACAAUACCAAAUGGGGUCAAGGGAGAAACCAGACAACCAUGAAACUGAGACUGAAGGAUGGUGAAGACCUGAGCUCCAUUUCCAGCUCUGCCACGGACUGCCUGUGUGACCUUGGGAGUCCAGAAGGUGUCAGAGUAAAACUGUUGCACAUCUCCCAGGAAAGGCUUGUGUUUUCAGAAGGAAGCCAACCAGAGAUAUAUUAUUAAAGGGAAUAAUUAGGACAAACAUUAACAUGGCAAGCAUGGCUGUUCAGUUACUGGGCUUCUUACUAAGUCUCUUUGGUCUAAUUGGAACCUUAAUUGCUACUAUUCUGCCUCACUGGUGGAGGACGGCACAUGUAGGCACCAAUAUUAUAACAGCUGUGGCAUACAUGAAAGGGCUCUGGAUGGAGUGUGUCUGGCAUAGCACUGGCAUCUACCAGUGCCAGGUCCACCGGUCUCAGCUUGCACUGCCUCGGGACCUUCAAGCAGCUCGUGCCAUGAUGGUGAUUUCCUGUGUUAUUUCCACACUGGCAUGUGUGGUGUCUGUUAUUGGCAUGCAUUGCACUCGAUGUGUCAAAGGGGCCUCUGCCAAAAGUUCUCUCGCUGUCUCUGGUGGAAUCUUUUUCAUCCUGGCUGGUCUCAUAUGCCUGGUUCCUGUUUCUUGGACUACUAAUGAUGUGGUUACAGAUUUUUACAACCCCAUGCUUCCCAAUGGGAUGAAGUAUGAGAUAGGGCAAGCUCUUUACCUCGGUUUUUUCUCUGCAUCUUUGACUAUACUUGGCGGAGCUCUACUGUGUACAUCAUGCCAGAGUACACGGAACAACAUACCUUACCAGCCACAACCAAGGAGCACAACAAGGGCUGCUCCCUCAUAUAGACCACCAACUGCCUACAAGGGAAACCAUGCUUCUUCUCUGACAUCUGCUUCACGAAGUGGCUACAGAUUAAAUGACUAUGUGUGAGAUUCUCAAGAUUCACCUGUGAGUCAGAACUGCUCUAUAAUGGAGGUGUAUGACAUAAAACUAAGCUAAGGAACACUUAUAAUUUAUGAGAGUUUUGAUACAAAGUUUACCAUUGUUUAUUUAUGCAGAGAAACAACAUGAAAUUGUUUGCUUUGAAACAGAAAGAAAGAAAGAAAGAAAGAAAUGUGUAGUAUUAUAGAGGCUGCAAAUUUCUCCCUAUAUGAUGUCAACAACCUUAAGCUGUGGAUGUGGUCAGUUCUGAUUAAAAGUAAUGUUUGUAUUUUUAUCAAGUUUCUAAUACUAAAACCUGCUUUCACAAACAAUAAAGGGUUAACA